GGAUUAAACCAGCGAACCCAUUUGUCUUUAUCCCUGCUCCAACCAACUAGUUUUCUCCUUCCCGGCGCUUCUCUUAUCCUAUAAUUUUGCGGCCUUUUGGGGAAGGGAAUGCAAGUAAAACUAUAAAAACCUUCGAUGGCAGUGAGCUCACUCUCCAUAAACUUGUGGCAUCCCUUCGAAUACUCUCGCACCGGAAGGUCUCCACGGCUCAAACUCAAGCAUGUGCUCUUCGCUCCCACGAAACGCCGCCUUCGCGUUUCGGCCGUUUCGACGCCGCCCAAAGCCCGUUUCGUCGCCCGUCGGACCCAGUCCGUCCCGGUUCCCCAGCUCGAACGGCCUCUAAGUGAAUACAUGAGCUUGCCGGCGAGUCAGUACUCGGUUUUGGACGCGGAGAGGAUAGAGAGAGUGGACGACAACACGUUCAGGUGCUAUGUGUAUAGAUUCAAGUUCUUUGCUUUCGAGGUCUGCCCUGUUCUUCUUGUUAGAGUCGAAGAGCAGCCCAAUGGCUGUUGCAUUAAGCUCUUGUCCUGCAAGCUUGAGGGGUCACCCAUUGUGGUUGCGCAGAAUGACAAGUUUGACGCUUAUAUGGUGAACCAAAUAUCAUGUGGAAGCAACAAAAGCAGUUCAUCACUGCAACAACUCAGUUCAGAAACUGUCAUUGAGGUCAGUAUUGAGAUUCCGUUUGCAUUUCGUGCAAUUCCAGCGCAAGCUAUUGAAUCUUCUGGGACCCAAGUCCUUGAACAAAUACUAAGAAUUAUGCUUCCUCGAUUUUUAGCGCAGGAAACAAUUUCAUCAAAAUAGAGAAACAUACAACACAAGGGCAAGUUGUCCUUGUGGCACAAAAGGAAACAAACCAGGAAAGCAAAGACAAGGCACGUGCCAACAGCUUUUCAAUCAGAUACAAGAGCAUGAAAAGACUGAUCACUAUAAUUCCACUGAAAGCAAAGCCCACAAAAUUCUCGAAACCAAAUUCUAUUCCAUAAAGUAACCCCUUAUCUUCCCCUCGUAUGUCUGUGCCUCAUCUUCCCCUCUUAUGUCUACAAAUAGCCACCAAAAGCAGCCAAAAAAAGUGAAAUAGCCAUUUUCCAUCCCUCUCAAAAACUUUCCAGAACAACAUCACUAGAAGCUGGAAUUAGCCAGCUUAAUUCAGUUUCUGAAAUCAACCAUCCACAUAUAAUAGGCUUACGGAUAGUGAAGCAAUAAUUGGUUCUAGCACCAGCUUCUCACAUAAUACACCAUUGAGGAUAGAGGCACCAAGCAUUGACCUAGUUCUAUUCCAUCUCACAAGUAUUGACCUUCCUAUGAGCAAUUAUCUGAGGUAAUACUCGUAUAUACAGGUACUUUAGCCUUUCAAACUGUUUGAGAGGGCCUAAGUGGAGAAAGAGAGAAAUAGUCCAAUAGUAAUACUCAACCUCUUAGUUUUGUGAUCCGCUGGUGGAAAGAGUAGAAAGGAGAUUAGAAUUGAAAUGAUUGAAAGUCUAAUUAGAAAGUUCUUGUGGAGAGGGGAUGCUAGAGGGGGAAGACCUUAUAGUCAAGUGGGAUAUGGUUUCUCAAGUGAAGGAAAAAGGGGGAUUACGUGUAGGAAGCUUGUUAAAGGACAAAACUUUACUUGAAAAGUGGCUUUGGUGCUUCAAUGAAGAUAGAGAUGCCCUCUGGUAUGCUUUCAUCAGAAGCAAGUAUGGAUUACAUGAAAAUGGAUGGGAUUCCAAUAUUAUAGUAUGAGAAUCAAGCUGUUGCCCCUGGAGAGACGUUUCUCAUUGACUUCAUUCCUGCAGUUCAUUUUGUGGGUUU